AUGGCCAGGCCCCCGACUGCGCCCUCCCGAGCAGGAACGCGUACCGCUCGGCGGCCGCCGGUUCUGCCGUGGCCUCGACGGAAAUCCGAUCGACCUCACCGUCGCCGUCGCCGUCGCCGUCGCCGUCGCCGUCGCCAGAGGAGGAGAGCUUCCGAGUGA